CAGCAUCCAUAUGUAAAUGGAGUGCUAGUGUUUGAAGCAAUGGCCACCUUCGUUGGUCAAGUCUCAGUCGUAUCUUUCAUUGCCAUUUUUGGUGCUGCUACCACAGCCGUGGUGACGACUGCUAGAAAGGUUGUGACUCUACUGUUAUCAUACCUAAUAUUCACAAAGCCUUUAACUGAACAACAUGGAACAGGGCUAUUGCUCAUAGCUAUGGGCAUCAUAAUGAAGCUUUUACCUGAGAACAACACCAAAGCUACUGCUUCCCCUGCCAUUGCCAAGAUGGGGAAGUAUUCCUUCAAAAAAGUGGACCCUUCAAAUGGCAAUCAAGAGGAUGAAGAAAAGAGGUCUUUAGUAUGAGAAACAGAAAUAAACAUUUUUCUUUUCUUUUUUUGUCAUUUCUUAAUUCUUCUGCAUUUUUUU